CUCUCUCUCUCUCUCUCUUUCUGAGAUUGAGUUGUUAACUAAAAUUCAACGGUUUCACAUUCAAUUUUCGCUUAUUAAUCGACGUAUAAUUCUGAGUGUACUUCUCAUCUCUACUUUUCAAAUUUGAUAUGGCUUCGGCGAUGCUUUCUGUAGCUUCAGCCUGCCCAUCUGCGUCUCUUUCGGCUCAUGAGAAUCUCAAGGUAAAGUCGAAGCUUGGAAGUGCUAGCUUGAGCUUCAACAAGGACAAAUGCAAUCUCUUUAUUAACACAAAGUCUUUUAGUCGGAUAUCUAUGGUUGCUGCGGUUAAUGUUUCUCUUUUUGAGGGUGUCACAAUGGCUCCUCCUGAUCCGAUUCUGGGAGUUUCUGAAGCUUUUAAAGCAGACACACAUGAAAAUAAGCUCAACCUUGGAGUUGGGGCCUAUCGAACAGAAGAGCUACAACCUUAUGUGCUGAAUGUUGUCAAGAAGGCAGAGAAUCUUAUGGUGGAAAGAGGAGAAAACAAAGAGUAUCUCCCAAUAGAAGGUUUGGCUGCAUUCAAUAAGGUGACUGCUGAGUUAUUAUUUGGGGCAGACAACCCCAUAAUAAAGCAACAAAGAGUUGCUACUGUUCAAGGUCUUUCAGGAACUGGUUCUCUUCGACUUGCUGCAGCUCUGAUUGAACGAUAUUUUCCUGGGGCAAAAGUUCUGAUCUCAUCUCCAACUUGGGGUAAUCACAAGAAUAUUUUCAACGAUGCUAGAGUUCCGUGGUCUGAAUACCGAUACUAUGAUCCAAAAACAGUUGGUUUGGACUUUGAGGGGAUGCUAGCUGACAUAAAGGCUGCCCCUGAAGGAUCUUUUGUGUUACUUCAUGGCUGUGCCCACAACCCAACUGGCAUUGAUCCAACCCCUGAACAGUGGGAAAAAAUUGCUGACGUCAUUCAAGAGAAGAACCAGAUACCAUUUUUUGAUGUUGCUUAUCAGGGAUUUGCUAGUGGAAGCCUUGAUGGAGAUGCAGCAUCUGUGAGAUUAUUUGCUGCACGUGGUAUGGAGAUUCUUGUUGCCCAGUCAUACAGUAAAAAUCUGGGUCUUUAUGCUGAAAGAAUUGGCGCAAUCAAUGUUGUCUGCUCAUCAGCAGAUGCGGCAGCAAGGGUGAAGAGCCAACUCAAAAGGCUUGCUCGACCAAUGUACUCUAAUCCUCCUAUUCACGGGGCCAAGAUUGUGGCCAAUGUUGUUGGGGACGCAUCUCUCUUCAAUGAAUGGAAAGCAGAAAUGGAAAUGAUGGCUGGAAGGAUAAAGAACGUGAGACAGAAACUAUAUGAUAACCUCUCUGCAAAAGAUAAGAGUGGGAAGGAUUGGUCGUUUGUACUUAAGCAGAUCGGCAUGUUCUCGUUCACAGGCCUGAACAAAGCUCAGACUGAGAAUAUGACGAAUAAAUGGCGUGUGUACAUGACAAAGGAUGGAAGGAUAUCCUUGGCUGGAUUAUCUUUAGCCAAGUGCGAGUAUCUUGCGGAUGCCAUCAUUGAUUCGUUCCACAAUGUCAGUUGAAACGGGAUGCUGAGCUACGUAUUAUAUUAGAAGCAUUACUCUAAAAUUUUUGUGAGUAAUAUUCAACCUAGUUACUGAAAUAUGGACUGUCGAUCAUUUUGUAAUAAUGUAUAUGCUUUUUGGCCAUCGGAAAAUUGUUGCAUCUGAAGUUCAAAUUGAGGCCGAUAUGUUAGAGGAAGUUAAGUUGAAA